ACGAGUUCCUUGACUUCGGAGCACCCCGUCCAAAAAAGAGAGGUUACAACAAUGCCUGUGCAAGGGAUCCGAGCAGUUAGCGCAGCCAGAAAUGGCGUCGGCGCUUUUAUCCUACAAUGCAAGCGUCUGGAUUUCCACUACUGCGACUGGGCUGGUAGCUCACGGGGAAUGCUGUCCUUCCUAAAGCACUCCCUCGAGUCCUUCGCGAAAGAGAACCCCCAGAUCGAAAUCCGAGUAUCUCCACGGCCUCACAAGCACCCAGUCAUCAAAGGCUACUAUAUUAACGGCCGCGAGAAGGCCGUCUGUGUCCGAAAUCUCGAACCCGAACAAGUCUUUCAAAAGGCCAAUCUGCUGAAGGAGGCUAGCGGAGAGAAGUUGAAGCGGACCAAGAAGCCUGUCACGAGCAUCAAUGACAGUGUCAGGGGCAUCUGGUCCCCGUAUCACGGAGAUCUCAAGUCAGUUUAGAGGCAGGGGUUGUGUCUGAUUAUUACAGCGGUGUUAUCUUGCGGGCAUCAAAUUUCAAGGCUUUUUCUCGUGUUGUAUUAUGGACUUUUAUUUUCUCUGUUAUGAAAUCUGUAUCAUACUUGCAUAUAUACUAUUGGAUGAUCAAAGACUAUGUUCAUGGUAAAAAAAAAAAAUCUUUACUGUGUCGAU